AUGUCGAACGAGGCUAUUCUGAUUAUCGGCGGCGGCACAUGGGGCUGCAGCACCGCUCUCCAGCUCGCACGCAACGGCUAUACAAACGUAACUGUGUUCGACCGGAGCCCGAUUCCCUCGCCUAUAUCGGCCGGAAAUGACGUGAACAAAAUUAUGGAAGAGGGCUGGCCCUCGGAAUCCGACUCGGAUGAGCAAUACGUCUGGAACAGAAUGCACCAACUAGCGACAGACGCCUGGAAAAAUGAUCCCGUUUAUCGACCCUUCUACCAUCCCACUGGGUUCAUCAUGGCUGCAUCACAAGAGUCCGCCCAGCACGAGCUUAUCGACGACUACAUCCGCACUUGCAAGGACAAGCUGCGCCUACUAAACACCCCGAAGGAGUUCCGAGCCACCAUGCCUGAGGGUGUCCUCACUGGAGACUUUCCUAAAUGGAAGGGGUUCUUCCGGGAAUCGGGUGCAGGAUGGGUAUUUGCCCGGGGAGCCCUGGAGGCAGCGUAUCGCGAGGCGUCGCGUCUGGGCGUCAGGUUUGUUGUUGGAUCAGCCGCUGGGAGUGUUAAGCGGCUGCUCUACUCAGAUGCCUGGGACGAUGUGAUCGGUAUUCAAACCGCAGAUGGACGGAAGCAUAGAGGAGACCGCGUUAUCCUCUGUGCCGGGGCCAACAGCGACCAUUUGCUAGACUUCAAACGACAACUGCGACCGACAGCCUGGACGCUGGCGCAUAUUCAGAUGACGGACGAUGAGCGAGAACUGUGGAAAGACCUGCCUGUGCUGUUCAACCCCAAUCGUGGAUUCUUCAUCGAACCUGAUGCUCAGAAUGGGCAACUGAAAUUCGUCGACGAGCACCCCGGAUACUGCAAUUUCGUCCAUGACCCAGAUACUGGCAUCGAGAAAUCCAUUCCCUUUGCAAAGCAUCAGAUUCCCGUCCAAUCCGAGCGCAGUGCAAGGCAAUUCCUGCGCGAAGCCGUCCCUCACAUCGCCGAUCGCCCGUUCGCCUUCGCCCGAAUCUGCUGGGACGCAGACACCCCGGACAGACAAUUCCUGAUUGCCCAGCACCCGCAGUACAAGUCUCUUGUUGUUGCUGUUGGCGGGUCUGGGAAUGGGUUCAUGAUGAUGCCCGCCGUUGGGACUGCCAUCCAUAAAACGCUAGAGGGGGUGCUUGAACCGAGAUUGAAGCAUGGGUUUAGAUGGAGACCUGAGACUGCGGUGGGUAGGGACUGGCGCGAUACGCAGCAUCGGUAUGGUGGUGAUGGCACUGUAAGGGAAUUUCAGAAGGUUGAUGCCUGGACUCGGAUCGGGGAGAGUGCAAAGGGACUGAGCAAUCUGUAG